UUUGGAGUCUAGUCCCACGUUGUCCUAGAACUAUAAAUUUUCAGUCUGAUUCUAAUAGUUCUUAAAAGUCUUAAUUAAUAUAUUACCCUAUUUCUUUAAAGUCCUUAUUUUGCUAUUUUAGAUGCUAGCUAAACAGUUGGAAGCUCUCGGCUUAGCUGAAAAACCUCAGUUGGUGACUCGCUUUCAAGAAGUUUUUCGGUCCAUGUGGUCUGUGAACGGUGAUUCGAUCAGUAAGAUAUAUGCAGGAACUGGAGCUCUUGAAGGGAAGGCUAAGGCUGGAAAGUUAAAAGAUGGUGCUCGUUCUGUCACCAGAGCAAUUCAGAACAACUUUUUUGACAGCUCCAAGCAAGAGGCCAUUGAUGUUUUGCUUCUGGGAAAUACUCUAAAUAGUGAUUUAGCUGACAAAGCUCGGGCACUUUUAACUACUGGAAGCUUGCGUGUUUCUGAACAGACAUUACAGUCAGCAUCUUCAAAAGUAUUAAAGAACAUGUGUGAGAACUUCUACAAGUAUUCAAAGCCCAAGAAAAUUCGAGUAUGUGUUGGAACCUGGAAUGUGAAUGGUGGGAAGCAGUUUCGCAGCAUAGCUUUUAAGAAUCAGACACUCACUGACUGGCUUCUUGAUGCACCCAAGUUAGCUGGCAUCCAGGAGUUUCAAGAUAAAAGGAGUAAGCCAACUGAUAUAUUUGCAAUUGGUUUUGAAGAGAUGGUGGAGUUGAAUGCAGGAAACAUUGUGAAUGCAAGCACAACGAAUCAGAAGCUCUGGGCUGUGGAGCUUCAGAAGACGAUCUCCAGAGACAACAAGUACGUGCUUCUGGCUUCUGAGCAGUUGGUGGGCGUCUGCUUAUUUGUUUUUAUCAGGCCACAACAUGCUCCUUUUAUCAGGGAUGUUGCAGUUGACACUGUGAAGACUGGGAUGGGAGGUGCCACUGGAAACAAGGGAGCAGUUGCAAUCCGCAUGCUCUUCCACACCACCAGCCUUUGCUUCGUCUGUAGUCAUUUCGCUGCAGGGCAGUCACAAGUCAAAGAAAGAAAUGAAGAUUUUGUAGAAAUAGCACGGAAAUUGAGUUUUCCUAUGGGAAGGAUGCUAUUUUCCCAUGACUAUGUGUUUUGGUGUGGUGAUUUCAACUAUCGAAUUGAUCUUCCUAAUGAAGAAGUCAAAGAGCUCAUAAGACAGCAAAAUUGGGAUUCUCUUAUAGCAGGAGAUCAACUUAUCAAUCAAAAAAAUGCUGGACAGAUUUUUAGAGGAUUUUUAGAAGGGAAAGUAACCUUUGCUCCAACCUAUAAAUAUGACUUGUUUUCUGAUGACUAUGACACCAGUGAGAAGUGCCGCACCCCUGCGUGGACAGACCGUGUCCUCUGGAGAAGGAGGAAGUGGCCUUUUGAUAGAUCAGCUGAAGAUUUGGAUCUUUUGAAUGCUAGUUUUCAAGAUGAAAGCAAAAUCCUCUACACUUGGACUCCUGGCACUUUGCUGCACUAUGGAAGAGCGGAGCUGAAGACCUCUGACCAUAGGCCUGUUGUUGCCCUGAUUGAUAUAGAUAUAUUUGAAGUUGAAGCCGAAGAGAGGCAAAACAUUUAUAAGGAAGUAAUUGCAGUUCAGGGUCCACCAGAUGGUACAGUAUUGGUCUCAAUCAAAAGUUCUUCACAAGAAAAUAAUUUUUUCGAUGAUGCUUUGAUUGAUGAGCUUCUGCAGCAGUUUGCAAAUUUUGGUGAAGUUAUACUCAUAAGAUUCGUAGAAGAUAAAAUGUGGGUUACAUUUUUGGAGGGAAGCUCUGCCUUGAGUGUUCUGAACCUAAAUGGUAAAGAGCUAUUGAAUCGGACUAUAACUAUUUCUUUAAAAAGUCCAGACUGGAUCAAAAAUUUGGAAGAAGAAAUGAGCUUAGAGAAAAUUAGUGUUACGUUGCCUUCGUCAACGAGCUCCACCCUGCUUGGUGAAGAUGCGGAGGUUGCAGCAGAUUUCGACAUGGAAGGUGAUGUUGAUGACUAUAGUGCUGAAGUGGAGGAACUUCUUCCUCAGCAUCUCCAGCCAUCCUCAAGUUCUGGUCUUGGUACUUCCCCAAGUUCUUCACCACGGACCAGUCCCUGCCAGUCACCUACAAUAGCAGAAGGUCCUGUGCCUUCCCUUCCUGUCAGACCUAGCCGGGCACCAUCAAGAACUCCUGGGCCUCCAAGUUCACAGAGUUCUCCUGUUGACACUCAGCCAGCAACCCAGCUUCAGCAGAAAGAUUCUUCCCAGACCUUAGAACCCAAGAGACCUCCCCCUCCCCGCCCAGUUGCUCCUCCCACACGUCCUGCCCCACCACAGAGACCACCACCACCUUCAGGGGCUAGGAGUCCUGCACCUGCUAGAAAAGAAUUUGGAGGUACUGGAGCCCCUCCCAGUCCUGGGGUAGCUAGGAGAGAGAUGGAAGCACCCAAAAGCCCUGGAACAACACGGAAAGAUAUUAUAGGACGCAACCAGCCUUCACCUCAAGCAGGACUUGCAGGCCCAGGACCUUCUGGGUACGGUGCAGCCAGACCGACAAUUCCGCCACGAGCUGGAGUGAUCAGUGCCCCUCAGAGCCAUGCUCGGGUAUCUGCUGGAAGACUGACUCCUGAAAGCCAAAGCAAGACACUGGAGGCAUCAAAAGGCUCAUCUGUUCUUCCAGAACCACUGAGGCCUCAGACUGCUUCUCCUCUGCAGCCUUCUCUGCCCCCACCUGCUCAAAAGUUGCAAGAUCCUCUUGUUCCCAUGGCAGCACCUGUGCCUCAAUCUGGCCCCCACCCAAAUUUGGAAACCCCACCACAGCCCCCACCUCGGAGCAGGUCAUCCCAUAGCUUACCUACAGAAUCUUCACCACAGCUGCAAGUAAAAAUAAAUGGAGUCUCUGGUAUCAAACAAGAACCACUAUUAAAGAGUGACCCAUUUGAAGAUCUGUCAUUUAAUCUGCUUGCUGUAUCAAAGCCUCAGCUAUCUGUUCAGAUGUCAUCUGUUCUAACCCCAGACCCAAAGAGGUUGAUUCAGUUUCCUUCUACAACACAAAGUAACGUUAAUACUUUGAGUUCUAUAAGUUGCAUGCCAGCCAUGCCUCCAGUCCCAGCCCGAAGUAAAUCACAGGAAAGUACGAGAGGUUCUCCAAAUCCAUUUAUGACUAGCUUGACCAGCACAAACCCUUUCGCGGACAGGACUGCUGCUCCUGGAAACCCAUUUAGGGCCCUGUCUCAAGAAUCAGAGGCCACUUCAUGGCUCUCCAAAGAAGAGCCUGAUGCUAACAGUCCUUUCCCUCCUCUCAUGCCUCUUGGUCAUGAUAUAAGCAAGCAUUCAUGCUCACAUGAUGGUUGUAAGGACAGUUUUGAUCUGCAAGGCCAGUCUACAGUACAAACAAGCACCCCAAAAGGAUGGGUAACCUUUGAGGAAGAAGAGGACUUUGAUGUGAAAGGAAAGUCACAGUCAUCUUGCACAGACUUUCAGGGUAAUCCACCAGGUUCAUUUGAUGAUGACUGGAAUAAAGGUGCAAAUGUGUCUUUUUGUCUGGUGCCGUCCAGAAGGCCACCUCCACCCCCUGUCCCUCUGCUCCCACCCAGCACCAGCCCUCCGACAGAUCCUUUCACAACCUUGACAUCUGAGGCAUCUCCCACACUAGACUUUACAGAAAGAUAAUAUUAUAUGACAAAAAGGGGUUUUUGUUGUCAUCGUUUUGUUGUUCGGUUUUGGCAGGGUAGAGCCAAACAAUAGGGGCAUUAGUUAUUCAUUAUGUGCAAUAAAUAAUUGUCAGGUACACUUCAUAAAAUACCACUACUUGAUGUGUACAAAGUUAGAAUAUGUGUAUAUUGGAAAUCAGGAAAAAUCCUCAUUAUUAACUGGAGCUUUGAUGUGUUUCUCUUCAGGUGAAUAGGAGACAACAGUAGCCAUAAAAAUGCUUAAAACUACGUUAGAAAAUAGUCCUUAUUCAGAAAUUCCUUAUCAAUCUUUGAAAAAUCAAAAAAGCCCCCCACACAACUUUUAGCUGACAUUACUGCCAGCCCUUCUUACUGUUGACAAUUGGUUAUUCAUGAGUAUGUACCAAAGAGCUGCCAAAGUUACAGUGAAACAGUUUUGAAUGGCAUUGCUUUAACAAAAAGAUAUAUGUGUAUUAUGUGUGUGUACAUAUACUUAUAGCACACACAAAUGUACAUAUACACAUUUACAUAUUUAUGAAACUUAAAUUCUGGAUAUAACUCAGAUCAAAUUUUACCUAAAAGUUCUAAAAAAGUCCCUUUUCAUUACCAAAAAAGAUGGCUGCAGAUGUGACUUGGUUGUUUAAUUUUUAUUUCCCAAACUAGAAUAAUGUCACUAUAGAAGGAGAAUUUUCUACUAUUCCACUCCCCAGCCCUUGUUUCCUCCACUCCAGCACCUCCAUAUUCUUUUCUCUAGGAGGUUCUUGUAACUGGCAGCCUCUUGUUUUCACUGUCGGGGACAGAUACACUAGCCCUCUUAAGACAGUACUGUGGCCUUAUAUAUAAGGAAGACAAAUACCACCAAGCUUAAUGAGAAAUAUUAGAGCUAAACAUACUCUCUUUUCUCUGUGCAUUAAGGUUUAUGUUACCCAUCACCUUCCCUUCCUUUUCUUUUUGCUGUUUUUGCUCUGAAACUUUGCUUAUAGCAGGGAAAGCGGCCAUCUCGAGUCCUUUGAGUUGGGGACAUUCCCACUGUAUGUCCUCUCUCACUGCAUAACAUUUAUGAUGCUGCUUUAAGUUCUUAGAGGCUAUACCUCAAAUUAGCUGUGGAUUUUAUCUCCCGCACUGCCAGUAUGCAACUGAUUCUGCUUUUCUUAAUUUUAUGAAGUAGUACAAAGAAUUUUUACAGAAUGUAGUAUUUUGAUAUCAUUAAAUAAACCAGUCAGAAAACCCCUUGAGCAAUAGUUGUUCUGUUGUCAGUUAAGUUGAAAUCAUCUUUACCUAUCAAAACUUAAUGUUUUUAUAUAAAGAGUUCCGUGUACCCACUUAAAUUCCCAUGUCCACAUUUAACCUUUAAAGACAACAUGAAAGAGUCCGUGGCUAAGAACACGUAACGUGUAAAAGCACAGCAAACUGCAUUGCACUUCCACCCUAAAGCAAAUCUAUUAGGAAAAAGUACUUUUCUAAAUGCUCACGUUAUCAAGACAAUACUAUAUUUAUAGAAGUGAUCUCUCUGUUAAUGGGAUUUGCUGUUAGAAAUAGCUCGAGUUUCAUAAUUGUGCUCUUUUGGGGUUCUAAUCAUUUCAGCUGUAGGAUCUUUUAAACAGUAUUACUAUAAGCAGUGUGCUUCAAAAUGUGAAUUAACUUGUUGAAACUGUGGCUUUAACAUCUAUGUGUAUAUGGCAUUUGCUCUCUAUUAGCAAAAGAAUUCAUGGUUAGGUAAACUUCAGUAGUGCAAAUUGCAGUUCUGUGAGCUUAUAUUCCUAUUGGAUAUAAACUACUGUCUCAGAUACACAUAUCAGCAGCAGCUCAGCCUUUGUCAGGAAAAUUAUAUUUGGCAAGUUGCUGAAGAUGCACAAAGUUAUGAAAGUUAAAAAGGUAUGCUGCAAUUAACUAGCCAUUAUUCUGUGUAUUAUUAAAUAUUUACCAGUUCUGUUCAAACCAGAGCAGAAAUCAAACACUAAGAAUCUUUGUGAAUUCUUUGUUCUCUAUAGUAGAUUGCUGUUUAUAUGUAUGUAAGAAUUUUAUUGCUUAUGUGGCAUACAUUUAUAACUAUAUACUUUAUAGAAGUACAGUAUUAAAGUCAGUGAUGCCGACAUUCUGUACAGACCCUGUGAAAUGUGCUGUCAUAUGAAAUAAAUAUACUUGUC